AUGUUUUCCGUUGCUUCUAGAAGAUUCGUGCUUAAUGCUUCGGUCUUACCAUUGAGAUUGUGCAAUAGAACUUUGGCAACCACAAGAAUAUCCUAUAAUGUCAUGCAAGAUUUGUAUUUGAGGGAACUGAAAGAAACAAAGCUGGCCCCAAGCACUUUGCAAGACGCCGAAGGCAACGUUAAACCUUGGAAUCCACCAAAAAAACCAAGUCUACCAGAAUUAGAACUUCAAGGUCCAGACGCAUUGAAGGAUUACACUGAGCAAAAUGUAGAAACCGCUCAUGUGACCAAAGAGUCUGCAGAGGGUGAGUCAGAACCAAUUGAAGAGGAUUGGCUAGUUUUGGAUGAUGCCGAGGAAACCAAAGAGAGUCAUUAG